GGCAUUUCUUGAGCAAUAAUCCGUUGUUUUGCUAUGUCUUUCCGGAGAUGACGGUUAAAAAAUUUUAACGCUCCUCAGUGCACGCUUGGUUCUUCUCCAUGGUUCCUUCUAGAAUGUCUGGAAAGUUCGACGCUUGAGCUACUUAAAAGGAACUAUCGUUCAAGCGUGGACUUUGAGCGGUUUGAAUCGUCAACGCUUUGCUCGGCGACCGAAUAACGCGUACGCGCGUCGGUUAAACGAGUGGUGGUGUUCAUAGCUGGCCUUUAGCACACCAGUCAGGUGUUGUGUUGUGGGCGCUCGUUAAAGUCAGGCUUAAAAGGACCUAACUCCCAGUUUUUCAAUGACCGCAGAGAAGCAAACGAGCGAGGGACACCCCAGCAUCCCAAUGGAGGGAGAGGACAUCACACCCAAGAAAGAUGGAGGUGUUUUGAAGUUGGUGAAAAGAGAAGGCACUGGAGCAGAGCUGCCAGUGACUGGAGACAAAGUGUUUGUACACUAUGUAGGAACCCUCCUGGAUGGCACUCCUUUUGACUCCAGCAGAGACAGGGGAGAGAAAUUCUCCUUUGAGUUGGGCAAAGGUGAAGUUAUAAAGGCGUGGGACAUCGGCGUGGCCACUAUGAAACAAGGUGAACUCUGCCAGCUCAUUUGUAGAUCAGAUUAUGCAUACGGUUCUACUGGCAGCCCACCCAAAAUCAGCCCUGGUGCGACACUUGUUUUUGAGGUGGAACUUUUUGAAUUCCGAGGGCAGGAUAUAACCGAAGAUGAGGAUGGAGGGAUUAUCCGUCGCAUUAUCACUAAAGGGCAGGGAUACGCAAAGCCUAAUGAAGGAGCUACUGUUGAAGUGAGCGUGGAAGGCACCUGCGAAGGGCGUGUGUUCGAUGAAAGGGAACUCAAGUUUGAGAUCGGAGACGGAGAAAGUUUCAGUUUGCCAACCGGAGUCGAGAAAGCCAUCUCUGCCAUGGAGCAGGGAGAGGAAUCGCUGUUUUACAUCAAAUCCAAAUAUGGCUUUGGUAAUGCUGGAAACGCCAAAUACAACAUCCCCGGCGGGGCGCUUCUAAAAUACAAGAUCAAGCUCACAGCCUUCGAAAAGGCAAAACAGUCCUGGGAGAUGAACUCCACAGAGAAGUUGCAGCAGAGCGGUGUCGUGAAAGAGAAGGGCACGCAGUAUUUUAAGGAGGGAAAGUUUAAGCAGGCCUCUGUUCAGUACAAGAGGAUCGUAUCAUGGCUUGAGAAUGAGUCUGCGUUGUCUGAGGAGGAGGAUAAGGCAUCCAAAGCGCUGCGCUUGGCUGCACAUCUCAAUUUAGCCAUGUGCUACCUGAAGAUCAAAGAGCCCAACAAAGCGCUGGAGAACUGUAAUAAGGCCUUGGAAUUGGACGAGUCCAACGAGAAGGCGCUUUUCCGGAGAGGGGAGGCACUGUUUGGCAUGAAGGAGUUUGACCAAGCCAGAGAUGACUUUCAGCGUGUUGUUCAACUUUAUCCUGCAAACAAGGCUGCCAAGAGUCAGUUGGUUCAUUGUCAGAAGCAAAUCAAGGUGCAGCACGAGAAGGACAAGCGCAUUUACGCCAACAUGUUCAAGUUUGCGGAGAAGGAUUCCAAGAAUGUGUCUGAGAAAGAGAAAAGCAAGGAGAGCAAUGGCAGCGAAGAUAUGGAGAUAGGGAGUGGCGACAAGGAAGAAGUGGGAGACUAAAGCUCAAAUGCCGUAAAUUCUGACUGUUAAUGUUGUUGUUCGUGUUUUGUUUGUUUUUUGACUUUUGUUACUUCAACCAUUUGUGUUUAGGUGUACAGUGGUACCUCGACAUAUGAAUUUAGUUCAUUCCAGGCCCCGGUUUGUAUGUCGAAAUGGUCGUGUGUCGAGAGGGAUUGCUCUGUAAGAAUACAUUAUAAUUAGACUUAAUUCAUUCCACACCCAAAAACCUAUGCUAAGUCCUUAAAGGGAACCUCGGACUUAGAGACUUGUAGGCUCAAAUAAGCCACAAACUUUCUCUUUUACUAAAAUGUUAUUAGAAACACAUAAAAUAUUGCCUUUGUCUUUUGACCUAUGGAGGCCGCCAUGUUUUAUGGACGCUCGGGGUGAUGACGUAGAUUGUCACUAUCACUCGACGAAUACUAGCAGGUUACUGCAAUUCCUUCUACACAUUGAGAAGUUCAACACAUGCGCUCAUCGGAUAAAAGCGGCGAGUACUUACUAUUUGUGUGUUUAUUGAGUCUUUUAGUACCUUUUCAUUGCCUAAAAAUGUUUUGUUUUUUUUGCAUGUGUUUCCCUCUUACACUUUUAAGCAUUCUUGUGGUAGCUUUAAAGCAGAUUGUUGAUCUGUUGACCACAUAAGUCACGUACGUAGCAUAUUUAAACCAUCCUUAUUUGAUAAUACUACGUUUAAGUAUUUUUUAAGGCCUCUUUAGUAUGUUCUGUCUGUAUGUAUCUAAACAAGCUGAAAGCGCACAGUAGUACUUUGGGUUCAAAUUCGCUUUAGGACGUUUUGCCAGUGUAGCACAUUUUGGCAGAACACUAUUUUUUCCCCCGUGCUCUCAUCCCGUCUUUCCUGUUCAUUUUGCUUUUACUGCUCGUCUUGUAAAAUCUCAACAGUGCUGUCAUGCUCAUAAAUGUUCCUCUCAGGUUCAAAUUGAAAGGGUUGGACUGAUUACAUGAUACAUUAGUCAUACUGUGGAAGCGCGGAAGCAUAACAAUGUGACGUCAAAAACAAUGGCGACUUUACAAAUUGUAUAAAAAAGGAAGCAUCAAGAGGGGUUUCAAUAUCAAAUUAUUUUAACUCAUAAUAAUGUUUAUCUUUAAGAAAUCUUUUAAGAACAAGUCUUUAUUUCCGUGGAUCCCUUUAAAAAAAAACUACACGUACAAUUAUAUAUGGCAAGUACACACAGCAAAACAAUUUAUAAAUAAAUCUGAAAUAAGAAAGCGUUUUUAUUGUCAUCUUAACUUACUGGCGAACGGAGGUCGAAGGAGACCGGGUGUGUAGGUAGAGGAGGACCCUCGGUGUUGUGAGACGCAUUGUCUAACCAGUUCACUGACAAGCACACUACGCUCGUAUUUUUCUUCAUUUCACUUCAAUGGUAAACGUCACUUUCCUUUUUUUCCCUCCACUAACUACUACCACCCUCAUUAACCUUCUUUGGACCCUUGAGGAUUUCUCUCACAAGAAAAUCCGACGUGCUGCCAUCUUGCAGGAAAACAAUAAAAUUGCGACGCUGUUGUAAAUCGUAUCGCGAGCAUUUCGUCAUAUGUCGAGACAGAUGACAAGUCGAAUUUUAUGUCGCACGUCGAAAGAAUUGUAUGUCGAUGUGUUCAUAUGUCAAGGUACCCUUGUAUAUGGGUGCAAGUGCAUCUACAAGAGCAACUUUGUUGGCUUUGUUCGUCCAGGCCUUUGGCGCUUUUGUUAUUGUGGUGACAAGCUGAUCAAGUGUUUUUAAUAGUUUUGUGCUCUCAACCCGUUUAAACCUUUCAACCUGUAGCUUUACAAGCGUGUUUAACAGCUAUUUUUGCGAUGGUGUGUUCAAAGAUGUGUAUGUAGAGAAUUGAAAAGCCUUCUCUGUAAAGGGCUAAUCAUCUUGCACUAUAUUUGUUCUCUACCCUUCAUCCAUCCGAGCAUCUGCAUUAUGGGCCUACUGAUCAGUUCUGGCGAUUUGCCGGAAUGUUCCAAAUGUGUGUAUGUAUGUACGUAUGUAGCAGGAGGUGAUGUGAUUGUUUGGACUUAAUAUCUUGCUAAUUCUCCAAUAAAGCCAUUUUAGGUAUGGGUCAACCCACCGGUGCUCUUGGGGCUAUUGACAAUGUACUUUUGAUGAUAUUUUUCCCUUAAGUGUUAUAUUGUACUUGUUAUUUCUUAUUUGUCAAUGACAAAAAUAAUCAACUGGAAUUUCCUGAUAUGUAAAUGAGCAUCCACACAGCUAUGAAGGACCCGUGAGCUCGUUCGGCUGUCUCAUUUUUCUGCUUGAUGAAGUUUUGCAGAUUCAGCCUGUCCAGAAGAAGCUGCUGUGGAAACACCUGUUUAGACUCUACUUUGCCUGUCAGGAGGGUGUGUAGUGGUGUGGUCUGGUGGAAGGAUUCAAUAAAUAAGUUACAACAUGAA